ACAACAAUAAUCAACUAGUAGCUUCAACAAACGACUCGGAUCAAAAGACUUAUGACAAGGAUAUCAGACCAACUUCCAAUAUCACAAAACAAAAAGAGGGUAGAACAAAUCUUUUACAGGCGACAUUCCAAAAAGUGUUUCAUGUAGAACCGUCAGUUGAUAAACCAAAAACCUUCAAAAGUUCGAAAAAUUCCGUUGGUCCUGAAGAUGAACGAACCGAAAAAAAUAAUAAUGCUCGACCCAUAAAUUCAAGUGCUUCAAAACCACGUUUUCAGAAACUCAAUACUGGAUCACAUGUUCACAAUUUGAAACCAAAAAAAGUUUAUCAUAUUAAUAAUCUCUUAAAAGAACUUGGGAUUCAUGGACAUGCUCCAAUGGAUGAAAAAUCUCAAAAAGAAGAAAGUGCGUUUGGCACUGUCCGUGUUGCUCACAAAACAGAACCGCAACUACCGGGUGAAAAGCUUUUUGCUGAAUUCAAAAAACUCCAUAACGAACCUCAAAAAAAAUAUAUCAAACGCUUGAUAUCCGAAUUUUGUAUUUCCUCUUCCCUUCACCAUAUUAAUAUAAUUGACACAAUAGAUUUGCUUCAGGAUGCCCAAGGAUGCUAUUGCGCAGUUAUGGAAUAUUGUACUGGUGGAGAUUUAUCUUCCUUGAUUGCUUCUUCAGGUGGCUUGGAAGAAAAUGAAGCUGAUUGUUUCUUUGGGCAAUUGAUUAAUGGUGUCAAUUAUUUGCAUGAGAGUGGUGUUGCUCAUAGGGAUCUUAAACUUGAAAAUCUUGUUCUCACCUCGACCGGAUGUCUCAAAAUUACGGAUUUCGGAAAUGGUGAAUGUUUCAAGAUGGCAUGGGAAACACAUACUCAUUUAUCACGUGGGGCUUGCGGUAGUGUUCCUUACAUUGCUCCCGAAGCGUUUACUGGUAAAUGGUUUGACCCAAGAUCUGUUGAUGUUUGGGCUUGUGGAAUCAUUUACAUGAAGAUGAUUACUGGUAGAUUUCUUUGGCACAUCGCCAAAGAACAUGAAGAUUUUGACUACAAUAUCUACCUAGCGUCAAGGGAACAUGAAGAAUAUUUUUUAGCACCUUUUAAAAGAUUAACAGAGGAUCGACGUCGUAUUGUGUUCAAAAUAAUAGAACCAAAUCCCGAAUUACGUAUCACUGCUGAGCAAAUUACAGAGGACCCCUGGUUCAUAGGUCUUGAUAUUUGCCAUAAGCCAUUACCAUCAAAUAAUCAUUUUCCGACAAAAACAACGUGUGGUGCGAAUGUUACGAAUGGACAAACGACAAAUAUGAACGAAUUACAUAUCAUAAACAUGGCAUAG